AACCGAAGUCAAUUUAAAAGCGCAUUGACCUUUCUUGUGAGGGGUUUUCAGUUUAAAAUUGCCUGUCUACCUUGCAUUGCUCAUUUUUCAUUUACAACAGUCAAGUGACAAAGUACUCUAACGUUAACUAUGCCAACAACAUACAACUGUUCGGACCCUGAAACAGUGAAUAAGGCGUACUAUGUCGUGGACAAGUCGUACUAUGUUGACGGGGAUCAGGUGUAUUAUAUCUGCUAUGCCGACUAUUCCAUGAACGGGAGCCCCACCCUCACGUGUGACGGGGCCACGGGGAAUUGGACGGGGAACUACCCCAAGUGUAGCCUGACCACCACCACCGUCACCACCACGACCACCACCCAGCCCUCAGACGGUAACCUUGAGCUUUGAAUAUUGACCCCC